CUUUCCUCUUUCAACUUGCAGGUGAGAAAUGGCAGCAGAGGAGGAGCAGAGAGGCUGGCCUGCAGGAGAGCACGGUGGGGCCGAGGUGGCUGGGGAGCAGGCAGCAGGGGAGCUGCUGGGCCGGCAGCUGGGCCAGCCGGCGAGCUUCGCCUACGCGGCGCUGUGUGGCACCUCCCUGGCACGGCUCUUCCCUGAGCAGGAGCAAAGCUCCUUCAGGACAGGAUUCAUGGAGGCCUUUGUGAGAUGGCUGAAGCUGCCUGAUGCUGUCCUGCCUGCCAUGACAGCAUUUGCUAGUGGCUUAGGAGGUGAGGGCACAGAGACCUUCACCCAGGUGUUGCUGGAGGAUCCCAUCUUGAAAGCAAACCCAUCUGGCAUUACCCAAGACCUUCUCUCCUUCUCCCUUCGAGAUGGGUCCUACGACGCUCGAGCCAGGGUGUUGAUCUGCCACAUCACCUGGCUGCUGAGGAUCCCCUUGGAGGAGCUGGAUGUCCUGGAGCAAUCUCUGCUUGAGAGCCUGAAGGAACAAAAAGAGGAAGAAUCAGAAACUGCAGAAGUCUCCAGAAGAAAGAAGGAGAGGAGAAGAAAGCUGAAGAGAUACCUGCUGAUUGGCUUGGCAAGCCUUGGGGGUGGAACAGUGCUGGGCUUGACAGGGGGGCUGGCUGCCCCUCUGGUUGCUGCAGGAGCUGCCACCCUCAUCGGGAGCGCCGGGGCAGCUGCCCUGGCUUCCACUGCCGGCGUUGCUCUCAUGGCCUCACUUUUUGGAGCAGCUGGAGCUGGCCUGACUGGAUACAAGAUGAAGAAGCGUGUGGGAGCCAUAGAAGAGUUUGAAUUCCUCCCACUGACUGAAGGGAAGCAGCUUCACAUCACCAUAGCAAUCACUGGCUGGCUCUGUGCUGGCAAAUAUGGGAGCUUCACAGCACCAUGGAGCAACCUGCUGCAGUCCAGUGAGCAGUACUGCCUGGCCUGGGAAUCCAAGUACCUGAUGGAGCUUGGCCAUGCCUUGGACACCCUGCUGAAUGGCUUUAUCAACCUGAUGGCUGAGGAGGCCCUAAAGUUGACUGUCUUGUCAGGCAUUGUGACAGCCUUGACCUGGCCAACAUCCCUGCUGACUGCUGCCAGCGUCAUUGACAACCCCUGGGGGGUCUGCCUGCACCGCUCUGCCCAGGUGGGCAAGCACCUGGCACAGGUCCUGCUCAGCAGGCAGCAGGGCAAGAGACCUGUCACACUGAUUGGCUUCAGCCUGGGAGCAAGAGUCAUUUACUUCUGCCUGCAGGAAAUGGCUCAAGAAAAAGGCUGUGAAGGGAUCAUUGAAGAUGUGGUCUUGCUGGGAGCUCCAGUGGAAGGAGAUGCCAAGCACUGGAAAGCCAUCAGCAGGGUGGUGUCAGGCAGGAUCAUAAAUGGCUACUGCAGGGGAGACUGGCUGCUGAGCUUUGUGUACAGAACCUCUUCUGUCCAGAUCAAAGUUGCAGGCCUCCAGCCAGUUGACUUGGAGGACAGGAGGAUGGUGAACAUGGAUCUUUCAGCUGUGGUGAACGGGCACCUGGACUACAUGAAGCAGAUGGACACCAUCCUGAGAGCUGUGGGCAUUAAAACCAAGGAGUGCUGGCAGGAGGAGAAGGGCAGCAGCAGCCUCUGCAAGCCUGCAGCCAAGGAGCCUGAGCAGGCAGCAGGCAGC